ACCCGCCGGGAGCGCAGAGGACUCUUUAAUCUGCGGAGGGGAGACAGAAGGAGACCAGGAACCAGGACAUGUCCGCUGCUGCGCAAAACUUUUCAAACACAGAGUCGCGUUUUGGAUCUUUGUGAGACGGAAGUGACGCCGUCAGCCUCCUCCAGCAUCCCCCCACAGAGGACUGAUUGUGCAGCCGCAGCAGCUUCCAGGGACCCGGCGCGUCAUGUCGUGCGGUGACGCCGCGGAGCAGAGCCGCAGGUUCAGCCUGCUGCACUGGGAUCAGGUCCGGCGGCUGGACUCCAUCCUGGGGGAGAGCGUCCCCAUCCACGGCCGCGGGAACUUCCCCACGCUGUCCGUGCAGCCCCGGCACAUCAUCCAGGUGGUCAGGGCUCGACUGGAGGAGAAGGGUGUGGUCGUACGUGAUGUAAAGCUGAAUGGCUCUGCAGCCAGCCAUGUGCUUCACCAAGACAAUGGCCUUGGCUACAAAGACCUGGACCUGAUAUUUGGCUUAAGUCUUUCUGAUGAUAAAAUCUUUCGUCUGGUAAAGGACGUGGUGCUGGAUUGCCUGGUGGACUUCCUUCCUGAAGGGGUGUGCAGGGAGAGAAUUACUGCCCUUGCACUCAAGGAGGCCUAUGUGCAGAAACUGGUGAAGGUUUGCAAUGACACAGACCGCUGGAGCCUCAUCUCACUGUCCAACAACACUGGCAAGAAUGUGGAGCUAAAGUUCGUCGACUCCCUGAGGAGGCAGUUCGAGUUUAGCGUAGACUCUUUCCAGAUCUCGCUGGACUCAUUGCUGCUGUUUGACCGUUGCUCAGAGACGGCCAUGACUGAGACCUUCCACCCUAGCGUGCAGGGCGAGAGCAUGUAUGGAGAUUUUGAAGAAGCUCUAGAACAUCUCAGAUCCAGAACUAUUGCCACCCGAAGCCCUGAAGAGAUCCGGGGUGGCGGGUUGCUUAAGUACUGCCACCUGCUGGUCCGCGGCUUCCGUCCGUCCUCCAAGAGUCACAUGAAACAGAUGCAACGCUACAUGUGCUCACGCUUCUUCAUUGACUUCCCUGACAUAUCUGAACAGCAGAGGAAACUGGAGGCAUAUCUGCAAAACCACUUUGUUGGAAUUGAACACAAGCGCUAUGAGUACCUGCUGACUCUGAGGCAAGUGGUGGAUGAAAGCACUGUGUGUCUUAUGGGCCACGAGCGCCGGCAGACGCUGGCUCUAAUAUCCGCCCUUGCACUGCGUGUUUUGGCUGAACACAAUGCCAUCCCUGCUUUGUCCAACAUCACCUGCUACUACCAGCCAGCCCCAUACGUCAGAGACGUCAACUUCAGCAACUACUAUGUGGCACAAGUUCAGUCCAUCUCUGCGCGUAGUAACUCCUAUCAAACAUGGCUGCCUUGCAGCUGAGUUUCAUUAUUACGGAUAUUUGAAAAUCUUUAUGUCUUACCUUUAAAUUGUUAUGAGGUGAACCAUUUUUUCCCAAUUCGUCCACAGCAGUCAUCAUUGCUGCAUUCUGGCUCCAUCAAGGCUGCAAUGGACAUUCAUCUGGAACUCUUGGAAGUACGGGUUGCACAGCUCACAACGGGAUCAGUGAAUAUAAAAUAUUACGGUCUAUCGCAAAUUUGCUUAAUCAUAAGUCAGGCCUAAGAAUGACAGGUUAUGGGUUUUUUCUUUACACAUUAUACAAGACACCUUCGAUAUUGCUAACUUAUUUUGUAAAAAAAUCAUCCAACAAUUUUUGUGAAAAAAUAAAAACUCAAAAAACUGCAUUCAGAUAUAAACGCAAGCGUUGACAGUGCAGGAUUUUUAUUCAUUUAAAAAGUUGGAUAUGAACAUUUUCACAUCUUAGUUUAAGUGAAUUACCAACCUUCCACAAUUUAGAAAAUCAGGGCAGAUCAAUUGGUCAGCCGAUCA